AUGGGUUUACAGAGUAGUCUGCCUAUCUUUAUAGCUCCCGCCGCCGCAGCCCGCUUAGGUCACGUCGAUGGCGAGAAGUGUUUGGCCCGAGGAGCAGCACGUAUGGGAAUCCCACAAUGCGUUAGCACGUAUUCAUCCGUGGCACCAAAAGACUUGACGGAGUGCUUUCAAGCGGAGACGGCCGGUCGCGGCGGCGGGAUGGUGUUCCAGCUCUAUGUGCCCAAGGUGAAAAAAGACGCCGAAGGACUCAUAUUGAAGGCAAGAGAACUCGGUUUCGACGCUUUGGCUGUUACGGUUGAUGCCCCGGUAAUCGGGAAGCGGGAUGUGGAUGAUCGCUUUAAGGCCUUGCUGGACUACGAGGCAGGCGUCGCCGUACAGGACAGCACGACACACCCUCCAUUCCCAGGAGAAGAGGCAGAAACACUCCGUGGCCACCACUGCUCUUCCUUUGAGUGGAGUGACAUUCCUUGGAUUCGAGGGCUCUGGGGCGACCAACCGAUCAUCUUGAAAGGCAUCCAAACGUGGGAAGAUGCGCUCGAGGCGACGAAGUAUGGAGUUGAUGGUAUUUACCUGAGCAACCACGGUGGGAGGCAGCUCGACCACGCACCGAGCUCUGUCAGAGUUCUGCGUGAUAUUCGACUUCGUUGUCCCGAGGUGUUCAAAUCCUUCGACAUCUACGUCGACGGUGGUGUAAUGAGAGGCACGGAUGUAGUCAAGGCCCUCUGCUUGGGUGCACGAGCGGUGGGUAUCGGGCGCGGGUUCAUGUACGCGCUCAGUGCCUAUGGUACAGAAGGCGUGCUCAAGGCGAUAUCAAUCUUGAGCGACGAGAUACAGACCACCAUGAGACUGCUGGGAGUAACUGAUCUCCAGCAAUUAAACGAGAGCUACAUAGACCUCAACGACUUGGAGUCUUCGACUGGGAGACACCAGAGGGUUCUGUCCAAAAUCUAG